AUGACUAGGCAAGUAGAUCUUAACUUGAACGAGCCGCUUGAUGCUGCUGCCAAGCCGACGUUGAGCAAAACUCCGCUUGUGCCCAAGUAUGCUACUGCUGCCGCCACGUUACAAGGGGACUACUACGUUCAAGAACAACUGAACCUCAAUCGCUACUUGUUUUGGAGCCCGAUUCUGAAGGUUUACAUGACGUUGGUGAUUGGCACUGCCCUUACUUACGCGUUGUGGGACUACGUCGUCAUCUCAGACACCCCGAUGGAGUUCCUUCAGUAUUUCCGCAGAACCGAAGUGUGGGUGCAGUUGGUCAUCAUCUUGCCGGCACUUGUCCUCAUUGUCAUCUCAUUGGGGUUGGUGAUCUUUUUGGUGUCUGAUGACUUGAAGGACGUGAGCCGUAACCUUGUCGGGAACGGUUAUGUGAAUGAAAUUUUUGGCUUUGAUCUCGUCAAGUUCGCUAAGCUCGAUGUUGAUUCCAACGUUCCUAAACAACGUGAGCAAUUGAGUCUUGGUGACAAUACUCAGAUUAUUGUGUACCGAGACUCGCCCAUCGCCAUCGCCACCGUGGUGCCUGACCCUAAAUCAACAGUUUCCGAUUUUAUUGUCCGCAUUCUGGGAAUGAACAUUCGUAAGGUGUACUCCAAGGUUGACUUUGACCAGUUGGUGUUGGAAUGGAGUAUUAUCCGCGCGCGUCAAUUAUUGCAAAGACGGGCGGAGAAGGAAAGCAUUAAACUGAUCUCGGGAUGUAAGAUUACCGUGUUGGUGGAUGCAUACAGCUUCGACCAACACCGGGUGUCGUUGCUCCUCAAAAACGGUUUUCUGCUUUUGUCAUCGACUUACCAACUCAACCCUUUCGGUGCGGCGCCCCAACACUGGCAGGUCGGGUUGCAAAAGGUGUUUUCUGUGGCUCGCCGCACCUACGGAUUGGUGUUUGUCGUGGAUAACGAAGACGCUGACCUCUUGAUGAAAGCGGUAAAGACUUCAGGUUUCCUUGCAACCACUGAUAACGUCAAACGGAGAAGACCUGCUGCUUGA